GAUAGGCGCUACAUUUGGCAGCAGGCGCACGACACGGAUCACACGACCGCGGACGAGGUAGUGCAGUGGGCGCCAUGGCGUCAGUGGGAGUGGGAGUGGUCGCCGACAGCGCAGCGCCACUGCUCGUCGCCGCCGUCGUCGCCGUCUUCCUGGUCGGCACGCUGGUCAGGAGGCAUGGCGGGAAUGCCAAGCACGGCCGCCUUCCCCCGAGCCCCGUGGAGCUGCCGCUCAUCGGCCACCUCCACCUGAUCCGCGAGCCCCCGCACCGCGCGUUCCACCGCAUCCUCGCCCGCCACGGCCCGCUCGUCUACCUCCGCCUCGGCCCCUCCACGCACUGCGUCGUCGUCGGCUCCGCCGACGCCGCCCGUGACGUGCUCAAGUUCGAGGGCAGCAUCCCGGAGCGGCCGCAGACGGCCGUCACGCGGCAGCUCGCCUACGGCUCCUCCGGCUUCGCCUUCGCGCCCUACGGCCCGCACUGGCGCUUCAUGAAGCGCCUCUGCAUGUCCGAGCUGCUCGGCCCGCGCACCAUCGACCUGCUCCGCCCCGUCCGCGCCGCCGAGCUCGCCGGCGUCAUGGGCGCGGCCGCCGCGGCGGCCGCGAGCGGCGAGGCGCUGGACGUGAGCGCGCAGCUCAUCCGGCUGUCGAACAACUCCAUGAUGCGGAUGGUCGCCAGCGCGCUGCCUGGCGACAUGGCCGACCUGGCCCGCGACUGCGCCAAGCAGGUGGCCGAGCUGGUCGGCGCCUUCAACCUCGAGGACUACGUCGCGCUGUUCCGCGGCUGGGACCUGCAGGGGCUGUCCCGGCGGACCCGCGGCGUGCACGCCCGGUUCGACGCGCUGCUCGAGUCCAUCAUCCGGGCCAAGGAGAAGGAGUGGCGCGACGGUGCCGACGGGGGCAAGACCAAGGACCUGCUCGACAUCCUCAUGGACGCCGCCGCGGACCCGGCCGCCGAGGUCAAGCUCACCCGGGACAACAUCAAGGCCUUCGUCCUCGACAUCUUCACGGCCGGGUCGGACACGACGGCGACGACCGUGGAGUGGAUGCUGGCGGAGCUGCUGACGCACCCGGACUGCAUGCAGAAGCUGCGGGCGGAGCUGGACGCCGUGGUGGGGAGGUCCCGGGUGGUGGGCGAGCCGGACGUGGCGCAGAUGCCGUACCUGCAGGCGGUGCUCAAGGAGACGCUGCGGCUGCGCCCGCCGGCGGUGAUCGCGCACCGGGAGGCGGUGGAGCCGAUCCGGGUGCGCGGCUACACCAUCCCGGCCGGGACGUCCGUCUUCUUCAACAUCUACUCCAUCGGGCGCGACGCGGCGUGGUGGGAGCACCCGCUGGAGUUCCGGCCGGAGCGGUUCAUGCCGGGCGGGGCCGGCGAGGGCGUGGACCCCAAGGGGCAGCACCCGCAGCUGAUGCCGUUCGGGAGCGGGCGGCGCGCGUGCCCCGGCAUGGGCAUGGCCCUGCUGGCCGUGCCGGCGUUCCUGGCGGCCCUGGUGCAGUGCUUCGACUGGGAGGUGCCCGCCCCGCCGCUGGACAUGGAGGAGGGGGAGGGGCUCGUCAUCCCGAGGAAGCAGCCGCUCCUGCUCCGGCCCACGCUGCGCCUCGGCCAUCUGCCCCUGCCCUAGAUGACUCCAUUGAUGCACCAUGCAUCCACCCAGCUCCUAGGGCUAGGAUCUGAUCAACUCGUAUCGAGCAUUUCAUCUCGUGAUCCAGUGUGUGUGCAUGCUGUGCUCGCCAUGGUGGAAAAACAACCGAGUUUUCUGUGCGUACUGUUUUGUAUUGUACCCUGAGUUAUGUGUUCUACUUGUUUC